GAAGAAGACGAGGAUGAGGAGUUUCCCGAUGGAGAAGCGCAGGUAGAAGCAGAGGAAAAUGAAAAUGAAGAAGACGAGGAUGAGGAGUUUCCCGAUGGAGAUGCGCAGGUAGAAGCAGAGCAUGUUAUCGAGGAUGUAGAAGGUCAUCAUGACUUUGAACAGCCACACUUAAACGAUAAUCCACAACCUAGAGUCGUAGAACAGCCCGGACUAGAUAUUCCACCUGCUGAAGAUAAUUGGAGAGAUUUAGAUAGAUUGGGAGACGAAUUGACCUGGCAGAGACUAUUGGGUUUGGACGGUUCACUUGUUUUUCUAGAACGCGUAGUCUGGGUGAUCUCAUUGGAUACACUUUUUACGAUUAUGUUUGCAAUUAAUGCUGGUUUACAGAAACUAUUCUCUGCGUCACUUUCAUCCCGUGCAUCCUCGUUUGCUGCGUCUCCCACCUCUUCAGUUUUUAUUCACUGGAUGAUCGGCAUGAUGAUAGAAUUGCCCGUCACUCGCCAUUUGCGCCGGCUUGUAGCUUCUACGUCCCUGUGUUUUACAACAAUUUUUCUUAUCGUUUAUCUUCCCUUGGUUAUUGUGCAAAAGCUAUAUUCAUCUUUGUUGCCCUAUAAUAUGAGCCUUUCUGCUGAUACACCCUUGAGCGAACUAUCUCUUGAACUCCUGAUUCUACAGGUGGUGCUACCUGCUCUACUUGAGCAAACACAAGCCCGUUUCUUGCUAAAAACUAUAGUAAUGUGGUGGUGCGUACACGUGGGUGGUGCGCUCAGUUUGGAUAGGUAUCUUCUGCCUGAUUUGCCAAAUCCUGAACAUCAGCAGGACGGAGCUGGAGCUGGAGCUGGAGCACAAGGAGUUGGGACGGGACUCUAUGUGUGUUGGAUGUCUGUAAAAAUGGGUUUGCUUACUCUGCAUUGGUUCCACCUUGGCUUGAAUCAUUUGAAAGAAGCGUUCGUCAACUCCAUAUAUCUGAUUUAUCAGGAUGGGAUUCGCAAUCUACGAGCUCGCUUCAUACUAACACAGCUCAUUAUUCCAGUGAUUCUCUUCCUUAGUUCUUUGUUAGCUUUUCCCUAUCUCAUAGCUCGGUACCUUGUUGGGACGAGACUGGUAAACUACGAGCGCAAUGGGAUGUCUCAAUCGUCUUCGGAAGCUGCGAUCUCUUCAUAG